UCAUGGGUAAGAAUGGAAAAUACUUGAUGAAGAAUGUUGAAAUUCCAUUGGCUUUAAGUUUUCUUCCCACUAUUAAGCACGAGUUAAGUGGUGCACAAACAACUCGGGAUGUCGUUCAGCGACUCAUCGAUUCUCAACCCGUAAAGGACUUGCUUCCGCAGUCUAUAUACGCGGAUAUUACGGUGUUGGCAUUUGAUGAGCAUGCAGCUGCAAGUGGUGGAGAGGUUAGAGGAGGUACCGCCGUAGGAAGCAGCAGUACGGUACGACAUCAUGAUGCAGCCGCCACCGAUGAUAGGGAUCACGACGAUAGGGACCACGACUAUGAUGAGUGAGUGAUGAG